AUGGAAACACCCUUCUACAGCGAUGAGGCGCUGAGCGGCCUGGGCGGCGGCGCCAGCACCACCGGCGGCGGCAGUUUCGCGUCCCCGGGUCGCCUGUUUCCCGGGGCUCCCUCGACGACAACGGCGGCGGCAGGCAGCAUGCUGAAGAAGGACGCGCUGACACUGAGCUUGAGCGAGCAGGUGGCGGCAGCGCUUAAACCCACUUCUGCGCCGCCCCCGGCCUCCCUACGCGCGGACGGAGCCCCGGGUGCGGCGCCCCCCGACGGCCUACUGGCCUCCCCGGACUUGGGGCUACUCAAGCUAGCUUCGCCCGAGCUUGAGCGCCUCAUCAUCCAAUCCAACGGGCUGGUUACCACCACGCCGACCAGCACGCAGUUCCUCUACCCCAAGGUGGCGGCCAGCGAGGAGCAGGAGUUCGCGGAAGGCUUCGUCAAAGCGCUGGAGGACCUGCACAAGCAGAACCAGCUGGGCGCCAGCGCCGUGGCUGCGGCCGCAGCAGCCGGGGGCCCCUCGGGGGCAGCGGCAGCCUCGGCGCCCCCCGGAGAGCUGGCCCCGGCGGCGCCCGCCCCCGAGGCGCCCGUCUACGCGAACCUGAGCAGCUACGCGGGCAGUGCGGGCGCGGCUGGAGGCGCCGCCACAGUGGCCUUCGCCGGCGAGCCCGUGCCCUUUCCACCGCCGCCAGGCGCGCUGGGGCCGCCGCCGCGCCUGGCCGCGCUCAAGGACGAGCCGCAGACGGUGCCCGACGUGCCAAGUUUCGGCGAGAGUCCGCCGCUGUCGCCUAUCGACAUGGACACACAGGAGCGCAUCAAGGCAGAACGUAAAAGGCUGCGAAAUCGCAUAGCCGCCUCCAAGUGCCGCAAGCGCAAGCUGGAGCGCAUCUCGCGCCUCGAGGAGAAGGUGAAGACGCUCAAGAGCCAGAACACGGAGCUGGCGUCCACAGCCAGCCUGCUGCGCGAGCAGGUGGCGCAGCUCAAGCAGAAGGUCCUCAGCCACGUCAACAGUGGCUGCCAGCUGCUGUCCCAGCACCAGGUGUCCGCGUACUGA